AUGAUUAUGAGUGCAUCUUCUCCUGUAAAACUACCACAUGAUUCUGGCCUUCAUUCGACAACUUCCUCAUCGUCGACAACGACAACGGCCGGGACAGUUGGAGUUAGUUCUGGAGAACCGACUAAUGCCGAGGUGACUUCUUCUUCAAGUCCAAAGGGUGACAAACAAGGUACAACCAAGAACUAUUCACGUACGCCCACUUCAUGGGAUGCCGAGGAUGAUAUACUAUUAAUGCAUUUAAAAGAUAAUCAAAAAUUGGGUUGGAAAGAAAUUGCCAGUCAUUUUAAUAAUAGAACACCUAAUGCUUGUCAAUUUAGAUGGAGAAGAUUAAAAUCAGGAAAUUUGAAAAAUCCACCUAAAUCAGCUGCAGCUUUAGGUACUCAAAUAAAUACCAAAGCCAUGAUGGCUGCUGCUGCUCAAAAGAAAGCCAAAAAGGCUGCCACUACUGCUGUUUCUUCAACUCCUACUCCAGCUACCACCGGUAUUCCAUCUAGCGCAGCACUUGGAAGACGUCCAUCACAAAUAAAACAAGAAACAACUCCAAGUGGAUUUGCACCUGCAUUUUCCCCCAUUACUCAUGGAACAUUCCAAGGGUUUGAUAAUAAUAUUUCAAAUGCUUUAGCUGGCUUAAAUGCAUUAUCUAAUUCUCCAUCAUAUAUAUCUAGUCCAAUGAUAAAUACCAAUCCUUCAACUCCAAGAGGUAUAACAUCUCCAAGUCUAAAUGGAAGUAUUAGUGGAUUAUCACAUAAAUAUGAAGGGAAAACAGAAACCACCAAUACUUUGGAUCCACAAUCUCAAUCGGCAGCCACAGCAGCUGCCCAAUCUAACAAUCUUCCUCCCAAUGGACCGUCUGAUUCUGGGGGUUAUUAUACGGAAAUCUCAGUUGAUCCAACCAUGAACCUCCCCCAUAAUCAAAACCAUCCACACACCCCGUCUUCACUCACACCAAGAAAUUCAAUCUCACAAACAGGUUCUACAACUAUCCCAAGUAGUGGAAUAGGUAUUGCUCCAUUAGCACCUUCUGCCCUGAUGGCAUUCCGUAAUAAUUCAAUUAUUCAAACUACAAGAGAUGAUCGUACUUCCAUAUCUUCAAUCACCAGGGCUUCUGUUUCUUCUCUACCUUCCAAAUCAAUGAAUAUCCCUCAUCAUCAAACUACAAAUAAUGCUUUGGCACAUUUACCGGUAUUAUUCGGUAGUACGGGGAGUAUAAGUGGACCAUCAAGGAAUCCUAGUUUAUCAGGUGCAACGGGGAUCCAACAAACCACAGUGUCUAGUUUGAGAAAUAGUAGUGUUGUGAGUACGAAUCUGGGAUAUUAUUCUCGUUCUGGAUCAGUAGUGAUACCGCAUUCGACAGAUAAAAAAGAUGGAGGGGAUUCUGAACAACAAUCACAACAACAGCAACAACAACAGCAACAACAGCCAUUGAGAAUAGAUCGAGAGAAAUUGGAUGCAUCAAAUAAGAAAAGAGGGAAAAUGAGACGGUCACAGCCGCCUAUUAAAUCAGGGACUCCAAAUCCUCCUCCAUUAGAUAUUCCUUGGUCGAUGGAAGAAGAUGAGUUAUUGAUCAAUAGAAGAAAUAGGGAAUUAUCAUUUGCAGAAUUGUCGAUUUUAUUACCACAAAGAACUGAAGGUGAGAUAUGGUCGAGAAUUGAUUAUUUGGAGAAAUUGAGGAAUGGGCAUAGAUCAGGUCAGUCCAGAGAUCCAAGGAGGAAAUCUUCACUUGGGUUGGGAGAUGUUGAUUUCUAUGAUGACGACGAUGAUGAUGAUGACGUUAUUGGGGGAAUUGGAGUUAGUGAUGACGAUGACGAUGAUGAUGAAGACAGUGGUGUGUUGCUAGAUGUGGAUGAUUCGAUUUCGGGUGCAAGAAAAAGGAAAAGAAGGGCAAGUUCUGCGAUUAACCCAUUGUCAAUGCGAGGAUCUAUUAGAAAACGCUUGUAA